UUGACCUUGAAUUCAAGAUUACAUGUCAUCCUAUUCAAUUUACGGUUUUAUUUUUGGAUCUCAUUGUGGAACAGAUAAUUCGUUUCUGUUCCCUAGUAUUUCAUUAAGUAAUUCUUUACAAUUUUUUCGUUUCUAAUUGCUGUAUUCUGCAAUGAAGGUUGCUAUAGUCACUGGUGGAAAUAAAGGCAUUGGAUAUGGCAUUGUUAAGGGGUUGUGUGAGAAGUUCAAUGGAACUGUAUAUUUGACAGCCAGAAAUGUCGGAAGAGGUGAAGCAGCAGUUGCAGAACUUAAAAAGUUAGGACUGAAGCCCAAGUUUCACCAGUUGGAUAUUACUGAUCAAAAUAGUUUGGAUACAUUUUAUGAUUACAUGAAGAAGGAAUAUGGUGGAAUUGAUGUUUUGGUUAAUAAUGCUGCUAUAGCAUAUAAGGUUACUGCUACUGAGCCAUUUGGGGAGCAAGCUAAGAACACACUGCAUGUGAAUUACUUCUCCUUGUUGAAUGCUUGUCACACAUUGUUUCCAUUGUUGAACCCCCAUGCACGGGUUGUCAACUUAUCAAGUUCGGCUGGUCAUCUGGCCAGAAUUCCAGGACAGAAACUGAAAAAGAAACUUUCCAGCCCAACUCUCACAGAGGAUCAACUGUCUGACCUUAUGAAGCAGUUCAUAGAAAGUGCCACAGAAGGGAAGCAUCAGCAGGAUGGCUGGCCUAAUUCAGCAUACUCAGUGUCAAAAGUUGCAGUGAGUGCUCUAACAUUUAUUCAGCAACAUGCAUUUGAUGCUGAUCCUCGGGAGGACCUCGUAGUGAAUGCUGUUCAUCCUGGAUAUGUGGAUACUGACAUGACAAGUCACAAGGGACCUCUGACCAUAGAAGAAGGUGCAGAUGCAGCAGUUUAUCUGGCACUUCUUCCUAUAAAUGUAAAAUCACCCCGUGGAUGCUAUGUAUGGAGCAACAGAGACAUUGUUGAUUGGGUAAAAGGCCCCACUCCUGGGCCAUACUAGAUUAAGCCACAUAAUGGAGCAAACAUCCAUAUUGUUGUUUUAAUUUUUCUUUUUUCCCCAUUCUUUAUAUUCCUUAUGUAGUUUGCUGGAUUUUAUUAGCAUUUUUGAAAUUAAUUGUGAUUACUCUGAGAAUGACUGAUCUAUUGAAAUACUGUACCAACCAAAUGGAAGAAAAGUAUGACAAUGUGAGUAAACAAUGUGUGUAUAUAUAUAUAAUGUUGUAAUCACAUUGAACUCACUAUCUUCAGAAAGAUGGUACAGUAAAAUUUCCGCUUUUAAGUUCCACAUAGUUAGCACGUUGUAGUAGGUACUGAUCAUAGGGUGCUUGAUCUGAAUUGUUGUCUUUGGAGUAUGACUGGUUUUUUCCCCCAUUUCCUCAGCCUUUUCAAGUGAAUGGUAUGUUUUACCUUAAAAUAGCCCUUAACCAAAUUUUCCCAAAUCCAUUCCAGUUCACUGUUAAUAAUAACAUCAGUAUGUGACUUGUGAAGUUAACAGAACUUUGUUAAAAAUCCUAAUACUCUCUGAUAUAAUGAAAAAAAGUUUAGUCCUUGUAAGAUACAGUACAGUAUUCAGGUAUAACCCUCUUAUAAAGAACUUCUACAUAGUCAUCCAAGAAUAUGGGUAUUCUGAAUUUUAAACUGUGGUUUUACUAUAUUUUGAGUUCUUAUACUAGUAGACAUAUCUUUUGUUUCAUAUAGUGUGUGAAAUUGGGUCUCUCUUGUGGGCAGAGUAAAUUGAGUGUGCUUGAGAAUGAUGGUAUUUGGAUCAAAGAGAAAUGAAGUAACAUUAAUGGAGAGAAAUGCCUAAUGAGGAGCUUCUUCACCAGUAUUAUUAUGGUGAUUAAAUCAAGAAGUAUGAGAUGGAGUGAAAUAUUUGUCACUCAUGAAUAAAGUGAGAAAUGCAUAAAGAAUUUCAGUUGACAAACCUCAGGGAACAGACUGCUAGGGAGACUAAGCAUAAAUUCAUAUAACUUUAAAACAGAUCUCAGGGAAAAGUAACGUGAAGAUUUGAACUGGGUUUAACUCUCUUGGUAUAUGAUCCACUGGUAGACUUUUGUAAACACAAGAAUGACCUUUGAGUUCAUAAAAGAAAAAGUUUCUUGGCCAGCUGAUUAUCAGUUGAUGUCAGUUUUGAAAGUGCAUUUUUUAGAUAUAAAAAUGCAUUUACUUUUGUGCCUAAGAGAAUGGAUUUCUUGUAUGGCUACAUUCAGAAGAAAUAAAGUAAAAAAUAAAUAGCAUUAAAUGAAAAAUGUCUGAUAAGGUAAAUUUAUGCGAUUAACAAGGCUUGAAAGUAAAUAAACAGCCUCCAAUGCUAUAAAUAGAGUCAAUAAAAAUAUCAAUUGUUUUCUGUUACUGUGGUAUGUAAGUACUUUUACAUUUCUUACCAUAUGUGAUUCAAAUGUACUGGUAUUAAUUGUGUUUGGUAUUGUAACAAAUUAGGAAAUGUAAGUUAUGCAAUAAUUUCAGAAAAUUGUAAUAAGAUGAAAUGUAAAAUGGCAUCUGUGUCUAUUUGCACCAUGAAUUCUUACUGGACACAUGGAGAUAAUAUUCCACAUGUUCUUAACUUUGGCAAUUUGUGGAGUGGUCAGCCAUUGCCACCUGCCUUUCGCACCAUUUGGAAAAGCUGGGUGGGCCUCAGAACUGGCCAAAAUAUAAUGGCUCUGCAGUCAGGAAAUGAACCCUGGUCAUCCAGCUCAGUCUGACAUUUCACUGAUUGCAUAACUUUGGUUAACAAAAUGUUUAUAAAGAUGAGAUGUGUUUAUGUAAAGCAUGUUACUUUUACUGAAAGGUUAAAAAAUGUGGUUUAUGCA